GCCUCCUAGGGGUCUGCGCGUCAACAAGAGAAAUAAGAUAGAGAGUGAGGAGGAGGAGGAAGAGCCAGCCCCUCCGCCAGUGGACGAAAAUGAACCUCCAAAAGCAAAGCAGUAUGACCAAGACUGCGACAUAUCAUCGCUUGAGGCUCCAACCUUCACCACGCUGGACAGAGGACCUCCUGCCCCCAUGCUGCGGCUGUCAUGGGACCAUCCUGUGAACCUCAUUGGGGAGAAGGUUUUAUCUCCCCGGAUACAUAUCUGCGAUACCUGCAAUAAGCCUAUCCUCAUCUAUGGAAGAAUGAUACCUUGCAAGCAUGUAUUUUGCCUGUGGUGUGCCCGUGGGGAAGACCGCGUGUGUGCAAGGUGUGGAGAGCGUGUGGCCAGAGUGGAGCAGAUAGGCCUUGGAACUGUAUUUAUGUGUAACUACAAUAUAAAUAAAACUGUUUGUAAACGCACAUAUUUAUCACAGAGGGAUCUCCAGGCCCACAUAGACCACCGGCACAUGAAAGUGCCUGGGGCAACAGGCCUGCCAAAGGAAGAGUUGAAAGAGGAGCGUUUAAGCCACAGAGACCCAAGGGGUGAAGGCAGAGACACAAGAACAGAUCCAAGGGGAGACAUCAGACAAGACCCAAGGGCUAUGUCAGACCCCAGGGUGAGCAAGGAAGGCUAUGAACACAGGGACUCCUAUUCCAGCUCGCAGUUUUCCCGCCAGGGCUCAGGGCAGUUUGGUUCUAAUCACGGGCAGUCUCACCAAACGGCAGGCAACCACCAGGCGUCCUCUCAUCAUAUUUCAGUGAUUCCUGUAAUGACAACAGCCAGGACCAAUCUCAUCACCGUCCCACUUCAGGACCAGCCAGAACACUCGUCGCACUCCUCCUUCCAACAUUCUGGGCCAUCGCAUCCAACACCCCCACACCCCCCACCUCACAUGCCCCCCACACAUCCUCCCCCAACUCAUUCCUUCACCAGUCCACCCCCAGCUCACUCUCAGCCUCCCCCUUCCCAUCCCCAACCCCCACCAUACUCCUCUUCCUUUAGCACAGCCUAUAGUACACAGCCCCCACAGUAUACAUACCCUCCAAACCCAGCAGCGCCCCCACCCCCCAACCCCAAUGUGCCGCCUCCACCAUACUCAAAUGUGACGCCUGCUGUUCCUCCCCCAACUACUUACGUCAACAGAUCUCAAUAUGAUGGGCAGUACUCCACCGCGCAGUGGUCUACUCCUCCACCACAGACGCCUCCUUCACACCCCCCUGGGCCCCCUCUCCACCACCCUCCCCCACCUUCAGCUCAGUCCAGCCAAUAUUACAGGAAAAAUUUCUAACAGGAUGGAUAUGUAUUACACAAGAUUGUAAUGAUGUUAAUGCAGUAGACUUGCAUUGUAAGGAUGUUGAUGUUGAAGUGGUAAUAGAUCGUCUGUAAAUGACAGGUAUUGCUGGGAAUGUAUGGAAAGGUGAAACUAUCGUUGUGUAAGACAGAUAACAAUGGGAGACUUAAAUUUUUGGAGUGAAAUUUAUCUACUUAUAAGAAAAUAUGUAAAAUUACUGUGCUUGAAUGUAAGGCCAUGAGAAAUCUUGCCAAGACUGCAAAGAAAUAUUGUAAUGAAGUGCCACAUUGUGUGUAAAGAUGUGCAAAUAUUAAUAUUUGCAAAUGUUCAAAUCUCUUGGAUGAUGGAAAUUGAAAUAUUGUGUAUCACAUGCUUGGUGUUAUUAAAGGGACUAUCUGUGAUUUGGAAUGUAAAUAAGUCAGUUUGGGUUUAUUGCUAUGUAUUUAUAAAUGAACUAUGGGGAUUUGGAUUCUGAAAAAUAUUACCUAAGUCUCACCAGUUAUAGCCAGGUCCUUUUUCAUUUUGUUGACAACACGACAGAAUUAUACUGGCAGCAUUUAAUUGAAUUCUGCAUUUUUUAAAUAGAAUU